ACAAAUGUUUCUUUAAACAUGACAAUUUAUUCCGUUCUUUAUUUUUAGAUAAAACAGAUUACUAAUGUUCAUUCACUUGAAGAAUGUAAUGCAAAUUCUAACAAAUUAGAAAAAGUACAAGCUGAAUAUUGUAAGGUACAAGCAAAAAAUAAAGAUUUAGAGGCUGAAAAUAAAAAAUUAAGAAACACCAAUCGUGAACUAAAAGAAAAAUUAGAAUCAAAGAAUUCUGAAUUGCAAAAAGUAAGAAACCUAAAUGAAGAUUUGCAGCUUUCUGUAAUAGAGAAAAGUAAAGAGUACAAUGUUAUGAUAGAAAAAUUAGUAAAAAGUACAACAGCACAAAUAUCAUACCAAGAUAAUUUUCCACCGAUUGGAUCACUGCGUACCACCGAUAAUUGUCCAAGAGUUCACAUUGGUAGAGACCAAUGGAUAGAUGAUAAAUCAUACAAUAGUAUACUAAAUAGUUGUAGCACUCCACGUCAGUGUGCUAGUAAUAUAUUGACAGCAGUCUUUUUAGAAGAAAUAUUAUUGGUCAGUACAAGAACAGGCUUUGAAAGUAAUAAGAAAGGAGGAGGGAAAAAACCGUGUCCAAAAUUAGAUGAGAUCAAAUACGGUGCAUGCGAAGAUUUUGAUAUUUACUGGAUGAAGAAUGUCUAUAAACCAAAUAAAGAUCAGAAGAAGAAUUACUUAUCAGAGUUAAAUAAAUUUGAUUAUUUUAUCGGAAAGAAGAUUUCGGAAUUAAAAAGGCCUGCGCGGAACAAUGAAAGUGUUAAAUUACCUAAUGAAACAUCAAAGAAACGCCGUAAACAAGAAAACGAUAGAAACAUAAGCAAUAAAGAACGCAGCAAACAUUCAACAAAAUAUGAUGUAAAUGAUUCCAGUGAAAUUAAAGAAGAUAAAAUGAAAACUUCACAAGGAUCAGAAGAAAUGGAUGCACAGGGCAAUAUAAUGCUACAACAAGAAAGAGAUCCCGAGGAUAUUAUCAUUAUGUCAUCAACAUCGUCAUCAAAAACUACUCCACAACUUGAAAAUGAUGUUUUUAAUGAUUCUUUUUCACUAAGUAAUAAUGACAUAUUCGAUGACAACAGUGAAAAAGCUGAUGAUGAUGUAACAGAUGAAUAACUAAGAUUUUUGCUAGGGGGGUUCAAUGAUAUGUUAAAUAUUGAUAACAAUACUUAUGAUUACCUAACAUGUUCGUUAGGUAAUCAUAAGUAUUGUUAUCGUUAAGUUCAGAAUAUAAAACUGUAUCGUUUGUUUCCAUUUAAAUAAACAUUUUAACAAAUAUCUAAUACAAAGAAUUGUAAUGAAUUAUAAUUAAG